UACAAGAAGGUGCAGAGUAGGGAAGGUGCAUUCAGUUAUAUAGUAGUUGCAGUAAGCGGAAGCAAAAUCGGCCAUAGGAACAUAUCCUACUGGAGUUCAUGAGUGUUGCCCAAUGUGGAAGCUGUCGACCUAAAUCUCUCCGCCACUGAAACAGUCCUGAUCUAUUCAAGACAAGUAUCUUCCAUCCAGAUCUCUUCAAGACAACCAGUAUCUUUGACACAAUGGACCCACCCAGCUCUCUAUCUAAGGCCAACACCACCUUCUCCCUGGCUCUGCUCAGAAAGCUGAGUGAGGACAACAAGACUGCAAACAUCUUCUUCUCUCCUUUCAGCAUCUCUUCAGCUCUGGCUAUGGUGAUGCUGGGAGCCAGAGGCAACACAGCCACUCAGAUAUCAGAGUGCUUGAAAACCCAGGAUUGUCAGGAUGAUGUCCACAGUCUGUUUGCCAAACUGCUGAGAGAUCUCAACCAGCCAGGAGCUCCGUUUGCUCUCAGUGUUGCCAACAGGCUGUAUGGAGAGCAGACCUACAGCUUUCUGCAGGAGUUUUUGACCCAAACCAGGACUCACUACAACUCAGAGCUGGAGUCUGUGGACUUCAGCACCAGGUGUAAGGAAGCCAGGGUCAAGAUAAACAGCUGGGUGGAGGAGCAGGAUCAAGGAAAAAUCAGAGAUAUAGUGCCUAAGGGCGCGGUGGACAACAUGACCAGGAUGGUUCUGGUUAAUGCCAUCUACUUCAAAGGAACCUGGGAUCAACCAUUUCCGAAAGUUUGCACUUUUAAGGGCAAGUUUAAACUCAACAAGAAAAAAACAAAACGAGUACAGAUGAUGAAACAGACUUCCUUCUUCCCCAAUGCUUUUGUUCCUGAAGUUAACUGUCAGAUCCUAGAGAAGCCUUAUAAAGGGAAGGAGUUGAGCAUGCUCAUCAUUUUACCUAAAGAGAUCGAAGACGAUACAACCGGUCUGGAGAAGCUGGAGAAACACCUGACCUAUGAGAAAUUCAUGGAGUGGACUCAUCCAGACAAGAUGGAAAGCUAUGAGCUGAAAGUGAUGCUGCCUCGAUUCAAGCUGGAGGAGGCGUAUGACCUGAAGGAAGUCCUGAGCAGCAUGGGCAUGAAGGACGCCUUUGAUGAGACAAAGUGUGAUCUCACUGGUAUGUCUGGCUGCAAGGAGCUCUUUCUGUCCAAAGUCUCCCACAAAGCUUUUGUGGAGGUGAAUGAAGAGGGAACUGAAGCUGCUGCCACUACUUGCUGUAAUGAUUUGCUUUGCUUUCCACCUGAGUUCACUGCAAACCAUCCCUUCCUCUUCUUCAUCCGCCAUAACCCCACCAUGAGCGUUCUCUUUGCUGGACGCUUCUGCUCCCCUAAGUGAGAUCUGUGUCCUUCAGAGGAAUUACCCCACUGGUGAAGAAGUAUUGGUUCUCUGAUGCUGCGGCAGGCAGUGGGAAAUGAGAGUGAUGUCUCUCCGGUGUGAACUCCAUACGGCUCCAUGGGAAAGAGGGUGAUCUGAAUCAGGAGGAAUAUUUUGUAGAAGCCAGGUGAUGCUGACCCUGCUGUGAGGACAGUCCUUGGAAGCUCACCGUCUCAUAUUUCUCAUUGCUAUCAGAUACAGUCUAAUACUUGUAUUCCUCUUGGCUGAGACACUACAUAAAUGUUAGG